AUGGCAGACGAUACUCGGGAGCCGAAUCCAGAAGCAGUCGAUGCUGCGCUGGAAGAGAUGAAGCUCGACGAAGUUGCGCCAGCAGCAGAGCAGGAUAGUACCCAGGCCAAUGGCAAGGUGGGAAAAGAGGCAAGACCCAGCUAUUUGACGCGGUCCCGAUCUUCAACUCCUGCGGUCAAGCACUCGGCGUCUCAGUCACCAUUGGAGAAGCAGAGCGCGAGCCAGACCCCCAAGUCUGAAGAUGAGGAGGUAGAAGAGGAGAUAAUUGGGGGCGGCAUCACAGUUACAGUUGAGCCCGGCAAGGCACCCAAGUUGCUACGAAAAUCAUUACAGAAAAUAACUGCUCGUCCACCACCACUAUUCAACGAUGUGCCAGAUGCUACGGAGGAGGCUACGGGGGUAUUUCAGAAGAUCAAGGACUGCAUCUACGGCUCCAAGGGAAUGGGAUCUUCUGAGCACGAUGCCUUGGAUUGCGAUUGCUCUGAAGAGUGGAGGGAUGGCAAAAACCAUGCAUGUGGCGAAGAUUCCGACUGUAUCAACCGUGCGACGAAAAUGGAGUGUGUCGGCGGAGAAUGCAAUUGUGGCUCCGGGUGCCAGAACCAGCGAUUUCAACAAAAGCAAUACGCCGACGUCUCGGUCUUCAAGACUGAAAAGAAGGGCUACGGCCUGCGCGCCAAUGUCGACCUCGAUGCGAACGACUUCAUUUUCGAGUAUAUAGGCGAAGUCAUCAACGAGCCGACGUUUCGGAGGCGGACGGUGCAGUAUGAUCAAGAAGGUAUCAAGCAUUUCUAUUUCAUGUCUCUCACGAAGCACGAGUUCGUCGAUGCGACGAAGAAGGGUAAUCUCGGUCGAUUCUGCAAUCAUUCCUGCAACCCCAACUGCUACGUGGACAAAUGGGUGGUUGGGGAGAAGUUGCGCAUGGGCAUUUUUGCCGAGCGAAAUAUCAAAGCUGGCGAGGAGCUAGUCUUCAACUACAAUGUGGACCGAUACGGCGCCGACCCGCAGCCCUGUUACUGUGGCGAAGCCAACUGCACUGGUUACAUUGGAGGUAAGACGCAGACUGAGCGCGCAACCAAACUAUCGCAUGCAACGAUUGAGGCGCUCGGUAUCGACGACGGCGAUGGAUGGGAUUCGGCGGUCGCGAAGAAGCCUCGGAAGAAAAAGACCGGCGAAGACGACGAGGAAUACGUCAACAAUGUUCAACCCAAGGGUCUUGACGAGGAAGGCGUCCGGAAGGUCAUGGCCGCCCUCAUGCAAUGCAAGGAAAAAUGGAUUGCAGUCAAAUUACUCGGUCGUAUUCAGCGAUGCGACGACGAUCGAGUUCGGAACCGGGUUGUUCAGAUGCACGGUUACCAGAUCCUCCGCAGCACCCUGAACAUGUGGAAGGAAGACAACAAUGUCAUCCUCCAAGUUCUCGAUAUCCUCUACAAAUUCCCCCGACUUACGCUGAACAAGAUUGAAGACUCUAAAAUCGAAUCUACGAUUAUCGAGCUCUCAACAUCCGAACACGAAGAUGUCGCAUCCGAGUCUGCGCGCCUCUUGGCUGAGUGGAAGAAACUCGACCGUGGCUACCGCAUCCCCCGCAAAAAGUUCGAUCCGUCAGCCGUCCCGGUCUUCGAACGUCGCAACACCGACCGCCCAGAUGAAGUCUCUAGAUCCCCUGCGACUCCAAUCGUCACCGCACCCGCAGGACCUCGCAGUAACAUUCCACAACGAACCUUUGGCUUCGCUCCCUCCCGACCUCCGCCAAUCCGCAGACCCUUGAACGCAUUGCCUGCUGGGUGGUUCGCCGCCCAGGAUGCAAAGGGCAACACAUACUACUACAGCAAAUCCGGCGCAACCACCUGGGUAAAACCCUAUCUUCCAGCUCCUGAACCACCUCCACCUCCGAAAGCGCCUCCGAAGAGCGUCCAGACCGCAAAGGCUCUCCAGGACAUCAUCGACAGCAUCACAAAACCGGACCCCAAAACCCCUGUUCAAUCUACACCAACCGGCACCUCGACGCCGAAAGACGCCAAGAAGCCAGCUGAGAAAUGGCGGUCGCUUACUGUGGAGAAGCAGAUGAAGCUGUACGAGAAUACUCUCCUCCCUCACAUCCGCCACGUAAUGCAAAAGUUCACCAAGCAACUGCCCAAAGAAGACCUGAAGAAAUUUGCCAGAGAAGUCGGCAAGAAACUCGUCGCCUCCGACUACAAAAACAACCGCGUCUCGGACCCUACCAAGAUCUCUGAGAAGCAAGAGAAGAAAGUCAAGUCCUACGUGCGUGACUUCUUCGAGCGGGCUGUGGAGAAGAAGAAGGCGCUAGACAAGCGGAAGGCCGAGAAACAUUCUUCUUCGAGCUUCCUCGGUUCUGUGGAUCACGGGGUGAACGAGAAAGAGAGUGGGAAUGGGGAAGUCAAAGUCGAAGACGACGGCGAGGAAAUUGGCCUCACACCCUCCCCGGUCGAGCCCGAACCCGAACCCGAACCCGACACCCCAUCCCUCACCGGCUCCGGCUCAACGUCCGAUCUGAAGCGGAAACGCACUGAGGACGAGCUCGGCACGCCCGGCGGCGACGAGGACUCCAGCAUCUCGUUCGCGAACCUGAUCUCGGACUCCCACAAGCGGUUGAAGGAGGAGGAUGGUGUGGGUGUUGUUGGGCUGGGACUUCUUCUCGACGGCACACCUCCGCCGCCGCCGCCGCCGCCACCCGCCGACGAUAUUCCAAUGGCGGAUGGCGAUCAGGUCAUGGGCGAUGUCGAUGCUAGUGCCGAUGCUGAGGAGGAGGAGGAGAGCGAGGAGGCGAAGGAGUUGCGGCGGCAAGAGGAAGAUCUCAUGCGCGAGAAUGAAGAGGCUAUGGCUAGCGCGCUGAUCGAGCACGGCGGCGCGGAGACCACGGAUCGGAACACUCACGACGACGAUGAUAAUGGUGUUGGUGGGGAACAAGAAGGCGUCAAUAGGAAUCGGCACGGGAUUGGGAUUGGGAUUGGGAUUGGGAAUCGGCAUGGGCACACGCCUAAAGCGACGACUCCUGAUCUAGAUGUCGACGCGAUGGAGGGCGUCGAGGCGGAUGUGGUUGUUCACGCCGGCCGGCAGGUUGGGCAUGGAGAGCAGGCUACAGGGUCGCUCGAUCGGUGA